GUUAAAUGUUAACUUUGUAAAAUGAAUGAACCUGCCAAAGUAGACGAAACAUUUUCAAAUGGCACCGAAAAAUUUGGAGGUGACGUAAAAAAAGACGACCAGAAAGAAAAUGUAGCCAGUGAUAAAAUCUGCGAAACGCCGGGUUGUGGAAAACCUGCUCCUCUGCAGUGUCCGAAAUGUCGAGAAAUGAAAAUAGAAACAUCUAAUUUUUGCUCCCAGACUUGUUUUAAGUCAUACUACGCAAUUCAUAAGCAGUUGCAUGUGAAACCUCUGGGAACUAGUGCUUCCAAUGCGCACAGUAACAGUGCAGAUGUGCUGAUGAAUUACCCAACGUUUAAGCAGACAGGUACUUUGCUGCCGUACAAACAGACCCCAAUGAGGGGUGUACCCAGGAGUAUAGAGAGACCUGACUACGCGGACGACCCUAGAGGAACUCCACAUUCGGAACUGACUUCGAAACGGAGUGGUCAGAUUCUGAUUUUAAACGAGGAGGAAAUUGCAGGGGUGAAAAAGGCUUGCGAGCUGGGCCGGGAGGUUCUCGAAAUAGGCGCCAAACUAGUACGAGCAGGAGUCACAACCGACGAAAUAGACAGAGCCGUACAUGAGGCAUGUAUUCAACGAGAGUGCUACCCUUCACCGCUUAACUACUACACCUUCCCGAAAUCAUGCUGCACAUCAGUGAAUGAAGUCGUUUGUCACGGGAUCCCGGAUUUGAGACCCCUGCAAGAUGGAGAUAUAAUCAAUAUUGACAUAAGCGUAUACCAUAAAGGCUACCAUGGAGACCUAAAUGAAACAUACUUUGUGGGAAAACCAGACAUGGAGAGUUUAAGACUGGUAACUACAGCUUAUGAGUGCCUGGAUUUUGCCAUCAAAUCGUGCAAACCAGGUAUGCGAUAUAGAGACGUGGGUGCAAUUAUACAGAAGCAUGCUCAGGCGAAUAAAUGUAGUGUGGUGCGGACUUACUGUGGCCAUGGCAUCCAUCAUUUGUUCCAUUGUGCACCCACUAUUCCCCACUACGCGAAGAACAAAGCAAUCGGAGUAAUGAAGCCAGGACACUGUUUCACAAUUGAGCCCAUGAUCAAUGCAGGCAAAUUUCACGAUGAAAUGUGGCCCGAUAAUUGGACAUCGGUGACUUGCGACGGCAAAAGGUCUGCUCAGUUUGAACAGACUUUACUUGUAACUGAAACAGGAGUAGAAAUACUUACAAAGAGACCAGAAGGCCUCACUCCGGCUCAUUUCAUUCAGCAGUUGAAAGACUUCGGAACGGAACCGUACGAAUCGGUGAAAUGAUAAAAAAGUUGAUGUUUGAUGAGCCCUUGUUCCCUAGAGCAUUCGAUUCCCUUGCGAAUUCAUUUGAAUUGAUUGAUGUUUGAGAUAAAUUAAAAAAUUAAUUCUUUCCUUAA